GAAGACGCGGGUAAAUGCAAGGUGGGCUGGCUCCAAGGCCCUGUUGUUAGGGUUGUCUGUGAGGAAAGUUAACUUCAAUUGAUUUUCUCUCGGAUCUCUUUCGUCUUCUUUCCUUCUUGUUUCUCGAACACACCUCCUACUCAGCACACCAUGCCUGACGCGAUUCUGGACGACAUCUCUCACAGACGCUUCAACCCACUGAGGGGAAGCUGGAUUCUGGUCUCACCCCACCGUACCAAGAGACCAUGGCAAGGACAGCAAGAAGGUGCUUCCAAGACUACGCUGCCUGACUAUGAUCCUGCCUGCUACCUCUGCCCUGGAAACAAGCGUGCUGCUGGGGAUUCCAAUCCAAAAUACGAGAGCACCUAUGUCUUCGUCAACGACUACAGUGCUGUCAAGGAAGAGCAAGCCGAGUAUGAGCAGCCAGCCAACGAUGGCAGUCUUGCCAACACUCUGUUGCGGGCAGAGUCGGUGACCGGCAAAUGCUAUGUCAUUACCUUCGCACCCACUCACAACCUGACACUCGCAGACCUUCAGCCUUCUCAGAUUCUCCCUGUCAUCAACACCUGGACUCAGAUCUACACCACUCACUUGUCACCCAAGUCAAUCCUUGCCGAAGUUGCGAAACCAACCACUCUUGCUCCCCACGGCCAAGACCUUGCUGCACCGAACGCUCAGUACCGCUACAUGCAGAUCUUCGAGAACAAGGGUGCUGCAAUGGGGUGCUCCAAUCCGCACCCCCACGGUCAAGUCUGGUGCACCACCGGUACACCAGAAGAGCCCGCGCUCGAACUGGAAAGCCUACAAAAGUAUCGCAAGGAGCACGGUGGAUCACACAUGCUGGUUGAUUAUGCCAACCUUGAGUCUGAAAAGAAGGAGAGAGUCGUGUUCGAGAACGAUUCAUUUAUUGCUGUAUGCCCCUGGUGGGCUACAUGGCCGUUCGAGAUAAUGAUUAUCGCCCGCACCCACAAGCGCGCCUUGGUCGACUUCAACGACAAAGAUAGAGGAGACUUGGCCGAAGCCAUGGCAGAAGUCACAAGGCGUUACGACAACCUGUUCGAGACCCAAUUCCCUUACAGCAUGGGUCUUCAUCAAGCACCUCUUGAAGGCACUCCCGAGGAGAUCGAGGCCAGCCACUUCCACAUGCACUUCUAUCCUCCCCUCCUGCGCAGCGCGACUGUACGAAAGUUCCUGGUUGGAUACGAGAUGAUGGCAGAGCCUCAACGUGACAUCACUCCUGAGCAGGCCGCAGCAAGGCUUAGAAACUGCGGCGGAGAGCUUUACCGUAACAAGCUGAACUGAUUGUAAUAUACCCAAUGCUUGGAUGAGGUUGGAAACUCUAUAGAAAACAAAGCGCUCUUGAUCAUCGUUGCAUUCGUUACCUCUCCUCCACUGCUGCACUCCAUACCUCUUUUGUCCACGACUUGCGUCGUCGA